AUGACCCAAUGCUGUUUUCUUAGGGUGCAUCCUUUGUUUUUCUGGUUUUGGUCUUUUCAUCGUAGGAUGGCCUUAGCUCUGUGUCUGCAGGCGCUGUGCAGCCUGGGGGGCUGGCUCUCGCUCUACAUUUCUUUCUGUCGCCUGAAUAAUCACCGAAGCUAUGAGUGGAGCUGCCGGCUGGUUACGUUCACCCACGGAGUCCUCUCGAUAGGUCUCUCAGCUUAUAUUGGCUUCAUUGAUGGCCCUUGGCCUUUUACCCACCCAGGCUCACCCAAUACACCUCUCCAAGUGCACGUUCUGUGUUUCACCUUGGGCUACUUCAUCUUCGACUUGGGCUGGUGCAUCUACUUCCAGUCUGAGGGGGCCCUGAUGCUGGCUCACCACACACUGAGUAUCUUGGGCAUCAUCAUGGCCCUGGUGCUUGGAGAGUCAGGCACAGAGGUCAAUGCAGUCCUCUUUGGAAGCGAGAUUACCAAUCCCUUGCUACAGAUGCGCUGGUUUCUUCGUGAAACAGGCCAUUACCAUAGUUUCACUGGAGACGUGGUGGAUUUCCUCUUUGCAGCUCUGUUCACUGGAGUGAGGAUUGGCGUAGGAGCUCACCUCCUCUUCUGUGAAAUGGUCUCACCCAAACCCAAGUGGUUUGUGAAGGUCGGGGGAGUUGCGAUGUAUGCUGUGUCUUGGUGUUUCAUGUUUAGCAUCUGGCGUUUUGCAUGGAGGAAAAGCAGCAAGAAGUACCGCACCUGGAGAAGCAGGCGGAGUGAGGAGCGGCAGGUAAAACACAAUGGACUUCUCAAGACGCACUAGCCAAGGCUUGCUCCAGACAAUGGAUUGGGUUAAGUCAGCCACGGGAACCAGGUUGGAGAUAUGGCUGUUACAGAAUCCUGCUUAUGACGAGCUUAGGUUUCUAAAAAGGGCUAAAUUUAUCCAUCCGUUUGGUCAGUCUUGGAGCGGAACACAUCCCAGUAUUAAAACACUAACUUCUGCAGCUGUGCAGUUGUAGAAAGUGAGACUACCAGCAGUAGUUGUAAGUCAGAACUGUGAGGUGAGCAUGCUGCCUUCCUUUUAAGUUGUGGUGACCCUGGCUCCUUUGUCUCUGGGAGGCUUGGUGAUCAGACAGCCUAGAAAGGAACUCAAAAAGCAUGAGUGCUGUUUCUUCCUUAUUCCUUUGAGAAGUGACUCCUUCAACAAAUACUUCUUCCUACUUUCUGUGUAGCAGCUUAAAGAAAUGCACCUCAUUUACUAUAAAGUGAGGAACUUUCAGGAAGAUACAUGCCUUUGGCAUUCUGAGCAUUGGAUGAGGAAAUUGAAUGGGGGGACAGAAGGAUGAGAGAAGGAUGUGGGUGAAACCGUGAUGGUGGGGGUGGGGCUACUUACUGAGCCUCCCUAUACCAUAUACUUGGUAUAUACCAUAAAGGACUCCCUGUACUUGGGGGUCCCAAGAUCACCCUCAGGCUUGGUGCAGUGGACUCACAGGACUCAGCACGCAGUUGUACUUGGAGCUUUGAUUUAUUACAGCAACAGGAUACAACAAAAGAUCAGCCAAGGGAAAAGGCACCUGGAGCAGAGUACAGGGGAAACCAGGCCCAAGCUUCCAGAGCCCUCUCCCAGUGGGAUCAUGCAGGAUGUGCUUAAUUCCCCUAGCAACGAUUUGUUCACAAUAUGUGUGAAAUGUCUAGAAGGAAGCUUGUUAGAGGCUAAGUACCCAAGGUUUUAAUGGGGGGCUGGUCAUGUAGGCAGUCUUUUCCUGACUCCCAGAAGGAAAGGAGGUUUUCGCCGUGAACCACAUUGUUUGUAGAAACAGUUUAGAGCCAGUGAGCCAGUCUCAUCAGUUCAUGUGGGAACCUUCUCAAUGAAAUCGAAGUCUUCAGAUGUCAGCCAAGGGCCAACCUUGCAAACAGCCCUUUCCAGGCCUACUAUAUUAACUCUUUUCUGCACAAAAACCAUAGAGCUAGAGCUUUGGAUGAGAGAUGAAUGAGGUGUGGGCAGAUUUACCGGGCCCUGUUGUACAGGUUCUGCCCUACCAGGAAAACUCUGCCAGUUCUCAGGGCUUUUGUGCAUUAAUCUCCUAGGCAUGAGAGGCUGUGACUGAAUUCCAUAGGGAUUUACCAUGUGGAUUCCACUGGGCUUGAGAUGCCAGUUCAGGUUUCAGCUCUGCUAUACAUACUGCAAACCAGAACCAAAGACCAAAUGUCCUGGCCUCAGGGUGAUGAGGCUACUUGUUUUUCUCCAUUUCAGAUACAUUACCUGUUCCUCCUGUUACUACUUUUUCUCUGGAAAAGGUGCCACUCUCUCUGGAUAAUAUAUCAUGGCAAGGCCCGUGUUGGAAAGAAAAAAUAUUUCUUAAUCAGUAGUCUCUCAGCUAGGAAAAGCAAGAACGUAAGUGUAGAGGAAGGGCUUAGGAAUCGAGAAUUCUUCGUUUCUUUGAACUAGUUUGGCUACUCACCUGCCAGAUCAUUUGGGCAGGUCACUUGUUUACUCUGCUUCAGUUUAAACCCCAUUGUCAAUUAAGGAAAUACCCCGUUGUGAAUUUCACAGAGACAUUAGGUGGUGUUUUAUUAAUGCAGGUCUUUAAUAUAGGGCUUUUACGGGGAAAAAAGGGAAGUUUUAUUUGUUUGUUUGUUGUUUAUUUAUUCAUUUGAUUGCGUUGUUGAGACCAGUGGUGAGCGAGUAGCUCAGCUGAUGAGCGAGGGUAUGGGGAUGUUGAAGUCAAGGCUGGACGUGAGUAGGAAGUAUCAGCCCAUUCAAUGGUAAUCCUAGCCUAAUGAGUGGUCUUGAAGAUGGACGUCAUUGUCUAGGUAUGACCAAGUGGUUGGAACUGCAUGAGGUCAUCAUUGCUCUGAGAAAAGCGGCUUUAAAGGCAUGUUAACCGUGGGUCUUUUAAAAUGACUGUCUUCAGGUUAAGGAGAUUUGCUGGACAUGAGAAUAAUCUGACAGUAGCAUCUCCAUCUCUUUUUUUCUAUGAUCAGUAUCCCUGAAAUGUUAGCUUCUUUCCAACAAAAUUGUGGUCCAAGUAGGAUGCUGGGGAAUGCUGAUUUUAGCAAAAGCCUAGUUAGAAAAAAAAAAAAAGAGUGGCUUGGCACAAAAGAAAAAAAAAAAAAGAAAAGGAAAAAGCCGUCUCUUGAGUUUUGGCACAGUGCAAGCUGUCCCACACCAGACAAAUGAAUAGACUUAAUCUGGUACCAUUCUUCUCUCCUUCCACCUCAGAAGUGAAGGGAUUGCAGACCUUGCUCUUUUAGGGGAACAUAGUUAGGUUUCUUGAAUUUCGAGAAACCUAUCUAGUGAUAAGGGAAGGAGAAUCCCUCAUUUCAGCUUUUCUUGCUGUUGUAGCUGAAAACUCUGAAGGAAACUCGCUGAG